AACAAGGGAAACUUUAUUGUCCCCGGUGGAGCGGCAAGAAUGUCGGUGAAUUACGCGGCGGGGCUGUCGCCGUACGCGGACAAGGGCAAGUGCGGCCUCCCAGAGAUCUUCGACCCCCCUGAGGAGUUGGAACGGAAGGUGUGGGAGCUGGCAAAGCUGCUUUGGCAGUCCUCCAGUGUGGUUUUCCACACAGGCGCUGGCAUCAGCACGGCCUCAGGCAUCCCUGACUUCAGGGGCCCCCAUGGUGUCUGGACGAUGGAGGAGCAGGGCCUGGCUCCCAAGUUCGACACCACCUUCGAGAGUGCACGGCCUACACAGACCCACAUGGCACUGGUGCAGCUGGAACGUGUGGGCCUUCUCCAGUUCCUCGUCAGCCAGAACGUGGACGGGCUGCAUGUGCGCUCUGGCUUCCCUAGGGACAAACUGGCGGAGCUUCACGGGAACAUGUUUGUGGAAGAAUGUGUCAAGUGUAAGACGCAGUACGUCCGGGACACUGUCGUGGGCAGCAUGGGCCUCAAAGCCACUGGCCGGCUCUGCACAGUGGCCAAGGCAAGGGGCCUGCGGGCCUGCAGGGGGGAGCUGAGAGACACCAUCCUGGACUGGGAGGAUGCCCUGCCCGAAAGGGACCUCACUCUUGCUGAUGACGCCAGCAGGAAUGCGGACCUGUCCAUCACGCUGGGCACCUCACUCCAAAUCCGGCCCAGUGGGAACCUGCCCCUCGCCACCAAGCGCCGUGGAGGCCGGCUGGUCAUUGUCAAUCUUCAGCCCACAAAGCACGACCGCCAGGCCGACCUGCGCAUCCACGGCUAUGUGGACGAGGUCAUGACCCGGCUCAUGAAGUACCUGGGCCUGGAGAUUCCUACCUGGGAUGGCCCACGCGUGCUAGAGAAGGCACUAACACCCCUGCCCCGCCCGCCUGCCCCCAAGCUGGAGCCCAAGGAGGAGUCCCCCACCCAGUUAAAUGGCCCAUCGCCAGCCAGCCCCAAGCAGGAGCCCACAGCUGAAUCCACGGCUCAGCACAAUGGUUCCGGGCCUGUGAGCCCCAAAAGGGGGCAGCUGGACAGUCCAGCCCCCCGCAGGACUCCUAAAAGGGUGAAGACUGAGGUGCUUCCCAGCUGACCAGGGGGGCUGGGAGGGCGGGGCUUUUUUCUUCUUCUUCUUACCUAUUUCACUUUAUUACUUGCCUCUGCCCUGAGGGAGGAGACCUCAGAGCGCUGAGAACUGUGCUGCAGGCCCUUCGGCAGACUUGCUGUCCAUUGGGGCUCUUUAGCUCUAGGGGCCUCUGGCAGGGCCGGGGAGGAGCAGUGCUGGCCAGACCAGGAACUUCUAGCUGACACCGCAGGCCCCCGCUCCACCCUGCCUGGCUCAGGACAUUCUGGGGAGGCGUGGCUACACCAUCCCUCAGUAUGGGGCCCAAACAGGAAUUAACUCUGCACCCUGGGCCCUCACAUCCUGCAACCCCUGCCUCCCUGGAACUGCCUUCAUGGCCCCCCGCAGGAGGGAAGGGAGACAGACCUGCCACUUAGGAGCUAACCCUCAAGGUGAAACAGACAACAGAGGUUGUGCCGCCUGCGGGCGCGAAGAAGGCAGGUGGGCCGGCCUGGCUUCCUCUGGCCUCCCAGAAAAGUCUUCAGUGCAAUAAAAGCAGAACUUUUUGCA